GCUUCAGUCUCAUCCUGACUUCUCGCAGUCCGACAACACUCAUUCAUUCACUACUUGACACUCCACCCAAUAGCCCAUUUAAAAUCUCCACUCCUCAUUUAUCCCCACCACUUCAACAUAAUAUCCGCGAAAUUCCGCGGACCACCUCCGGGUGAAUAAUCGGAAAGAAAUCAUUUCAUCAGUGACAGGAUUUCCCUGGGACGACCAUCUCCAGAGAUUUUUCUGAGGUCUAAGGAUGUCCUUCCCGAAAAACGCGCACCCAUGGGCUUCCAGGGGAUGCGAGGAAAGAAGGACAUGAUGUCCUCAUUGGAGACCGAGGAAUUCUCCAAAAGAGCACCCAUGGGUUUUCAGGGUAUGAGAGGGAAGAAAGAUCCUACGGGACCUGAUCUGAUGGACAAUAUCAUUCAAGAUGAAUUUGAGAAGGGAACGCCCAUGGAUCUUCAGGACUUGAGGAGAAAGAAGGAUCUACUUACAUUACCAGACAUUAAGGAAGCUCUUUACCAGGAGGAAUACGAUAAGCGAGCGCCAAUGAGGUACCAGGGGAUGCGAGGAAAUAAAGAAUUAGAAGAGUUCCUGGAGGAAAUGAAGCGUGCGAGCAUGGGAUUCCAUGGAAUGCGUGGAAAGAAAAUUUAUCAGGAUGAUUAUGAAGAUGAGUACGAAAAGCGGGCAUUGCCGAUGGGAUUUCAAGGGAUGCGUGGCAAACGGGAUGAGUACGAAAGGGGACGGAAUAAGCGAACGUCCUUGUACUUGCCGGACAUCGGUCACAAGAGCUUGAUGGACCGACUGGAGAACAUGAAGUUCAAGACUUUUCUAGAGCUCCAGGAAAUGGACGGUCAGAAUGAUUUGUUCGACGGUUACUAUCCUGAAUACGCAGAUCCCGAUGGGUACAAGAAAAGAGCGCCCAUGGGAUUUCAAGGGGUUCGUGGUAAGAGGGAUGAAGAUAAACGUGGGAGUAUGGGAUUCGUCGGGAUGAGAGGGAAGAGAAAUGUCGGUGGUAUUUAUGGAGCUGAGGACGAUGAAUAUCGCGAGGGACUGCCCGCUGAUUUCCUGGACUCGAGGUACAUGAGUGACGAUUUGCAAUUUAACAAACGAUCGGCUCGCGGAGUGUCUGGUGUUAGGGGAAAGAAAAUUCCUCGCUGGGAAAUGAGGGGUACAUUCAUCGGUGUCAGAGGAAAAAGAUCACCUGACAGUCACGAUAAUAUGAUGAAAGUGCUCGAUGAUAUCGACAGGAUUAAUAAUGACUCAACGACAAAAUUCGAUACCCAGUAGGGGUGUAAACAUUAGGAUAUCCUUCCGACAUUCCGAGAGCUAGAUUAUUUUAGAUUAAUCCACCCGAGCCGAUUUUAUUUCGAUCAGAAAUUAGAAACUUCUCUCUAAAAAAAAAAUAACCACAAGGGAUUUUAAAAAUCCUAAAUUCGCGAGUGACUAAAAUAAAUAAAUUGAACAGACGAGCUCUUUAUGAAAGCCUACAUCAGUAUUACUGUUACAAAAAAAGUAAAUAAAUAAAUAAAAAAUAAUUCUGUCGUCAGUAUGAACUCUCAUGAGUAAUUAUAAAGGCGACUAGUAGUCACAUAAUUUCCAGUGUCCUCUAGUCCUGAAGAACUAUAUAAUAAAAAUAUGAAAUAAAUUAUUGAAGUAAUUGAAACGGAAUCAUAAGGAGGACUUGAAUAUUCAGGACGAGAAAUGCAUAGGUACUAUAUUUUUCUCUGAAUGUUAAAUCCUCGUAUCUGUCUUUCGAGUAGAACUUAUUAGUCGAUAGAAAUCGAUUGGCUGAUUACAAUUACCUAAAUUAUCGGUUAAAUCGUUACCAUACUCUAGUCACCAAACAAAUCGGAUGAAUAAUAACUGUCACAAAAUAUUAUCUCUUGAAAAUUAUUAAAAAUAUAUAUAUAAAACACGGAGGGAGUGGCCCUAAUUAAUUUUCAUUUAC